CAACCAUGGUCAUCACACUCUCCACCACCAAAACCCAUGCCAUUCCUCACCGCAAACGAGCUAGGCUCCCUCUUGGUAUCCGCCAUCUCCACGCACUCCCUCCUCUUCGGCAGAGCCACCCAUGCCCACAUUCUCAAAAGUCUCCAAAUCCCUUUCCCUUCUUUCCUCUCGAACCACCUUAUCAACAUGUACUCCAAAUUCAACCUUCCCAACUCCGCGCACCUCGUCCUCUUACAAACCCCACCCGAGUCCCGUUCUGUCGUCACUUGGACGGCCCUCAUUUCAGGUCACGUCCAAAACGGCCAUUUCGCUUCCGCUCUCAUCCAUUUUUCCCACAUGCGGAAAGACCUCAUUUCUCCCAAUGAUUUCACCUUCCCUUGCGCCUUCAAGGCCUCCGCUGCGCUUCGAUCACCUGUUGUGGGAAAACAACUUCAUGCGCUGGCUUUGAAGUCUGCCCAGAUUUUUGAUUCCUUUGUUGGGUGUAGUUGCUUUGAUAUGUAUUUGAAAACGGGGCUCAGAGGUGAAGCGAGGAACAUGUUUGAUGAAAUGCCUGAGAGAAGCGUCGCAAUGUGGAAUGCGAAUAUUUCUAAUGCGGUGCUCGACGGGAAACCUAGUAUUGCGGUGGAUGUUUUUAUUAAGUUUAGAAGGGUUGGUGGGGAGCCUGAUCCGAUUACGUUUUGUGUCUUCCUUAAUGCGUGUUCCGAUGCUUUUUAUUUGGAAUUAGGGAGGCAGUUACAUGGUUGUGUGAUAAGAAGCGGUUUUGAUGGGAAUUUGUCAGUAUGUAAUGGGCUUGUUGAUUUUUAUGGGAAGUGUAAAGAGGUGGAAUCUGCAAAGAUGGUUUUUGAUGGAAUGGAGAAGAGAAAUGCGGUUUCUUGGUGCUCAUUGGUGUCUGCUUAUGAGCAAAAUUAUGAGGAAGAGAAUGCUUGUGAAGUGUUUUUGGCAGCAAGGAAAGAAGGGGUUGAGCCUACGGAUUUUAUGGUUUCGAGUGUUAUCAGUGCUUGUGCAGGGAUGUCAGGCCUUGAGUUCGGUAGGUCAGUUCACGGGCUUGCUGUUAAGGCUUGUGUUGAAGGGAAUGCUUUUGUUGGGAGUGCACUCAUUGAUAUGUAUGGUAAAUGUGGAAGCAUUAAGGAUGCCGAGCAAGCUUUUCAUGAGAUGCCUGAGAGGAAUUUAGUUACUUGGAAUUCAAUGAUAGGUGGAUAUGCACAUCAAGGGUGUGCUGAUAUGGCUUUGCCAUUGUUUCAAGACAUGAUGUCUUGUGGUGUUGUUCCAAAUUAUGUGACUUUGGUUUGCGUAUUAUCGGCUUGUAGCAGGGGAGGGGCAGUGAAGUUGGGAGUGGAGAUUUUUGAAUCAAUGAACGAGAGGUUUCACAUUGAACCAGGGGCAGAGCAUUAUGCUUGUGUUGUGGACUUGCUAGGGAGAGCUGGGAUGGUGGAGCGUGCUUAUGAUUUUAUAAAGAAAAUGCCCAUUGCUCCAACAAUUUCUGUCUGGGGGGCUCUUUUAAACGCUUGUAGGGUGUAUAAAAAACCAGAAUUAGGGAGGAUAGCUGCUUAUAAACUAUUUGAACUUGAUCCUAAAGAUUCUGGCAACCAUGUGUUGCUAUCUAAUCUGUUUGCAUCUACUGGCAGGUGGGAAGAGGCUGAUCUUGUGAGGAAGGAGAUGAAGGAUGUCGGAAUCAAAAAGGGUGCAGGUUGCAGUUGGAUCACUGUAAAGAACAAGGUCCACACCUUCCAAGCAAAGGAUACUUCACAUGAAAUGAAUUCAAAGAUUCAAGAAAUGUUGGCUAAACUCAGGAGAGAGAUGAAAUCGGCUGGCUACAUUGCAGAUACGAACUUCGCCCUUUAUGAUUUAGAGGAAGAAGAGAAAAUAUCAGAGGUUGGGUACCAUAGCGAGAAAAUUGCACUAGCCUUUGGUCUUAUAGUUAUACCCCCUGGAGUACCUAUAAGAAUCACAAAGAACCUCAGAAUCUGUGGAGAUUGCCAUAGCGCCUUCAAGUUUAUGUCAGGCAUUGUUGGGAGAGAGAUCAUUGUGAGAGAUAAUAACCGAUUUCAUCGCUUCAGGGACGGGCAAUGCUCUUGUAGAGAUUAUUGGUGAAUAAUUGAUAUACUCAUCAAUUUUUUAUUUCUCAUUAUAUUAACUUGAUUCCCAUUUUUUCCAGCUUAAA